GUGGCUUCUAACAAACCACGCCCUGGUUCCUUUGCAUUCCCAUUUCCCCUACCGAAGCCACCUCAAAAUCAUCCACAGCUCACCCGGCCAAGGCACAAAAGAGCGAGGGAGACGCUAUCUUGCGAGUGCUAUUGAAUCGACCCUGCCGUGCCCCUCGGCGAAGCUGCGCAACCCUUCUGGUUCCCCAGGCGAAUGUAGCCAGACUCACGAUGGCUUACGAUCCGCGUGGGGAUCACGGCGCGCCCGGUGGCGGACACGAAUCCGGCGGGUUUGUGAGAGCCAGAGGUCGGCGACCCGUGACCGACUAUGGCUCAACCCUCGCGCACUGGAUGCGCAACCGCCAGCCGCGAUUCCGGGCCGCCUUUCGGGGCGAGGUCGAGCGGCCUAGCGCCAGCUAUAUCGUCGAUAUGCUCCCUCCCCUGACGAGGGUUACUAACCCGGCCGACUCCGUUCCGACGAAACAUCUUCAUUCGUCGCUGAACAAGAUCAAGCACCCGGUCAAUGUGGUGCGCUGGACCCCCGAGGGUCGCCGGUUAUUAACAGCUUCCAGCAGCGGCGAAUUCACGCUAUGGAACGGGACCGGGUUCAACUUCGAGACUAUCAUGCAAGCCCAUGAUGUCGCUAUCCGGGCCUUGGCUUAUUCUCACAGUGACGACUGGCUGAUAUCUGCCGACCACGAUGGCAUAAUCAAAUACUGGCAGCCCAACUUCAAUAACGUCCAGGUGAUUCAGGGCCAUCAUGACCCUAUCAGAGAUCUCGCCUUCAGCCCCAACGACUCGAAAUUCGUCACGGCAUCUGACGACUCUUCCCUCAAAAUCUUCGAUUUUGCUGGCGGGGUGGCCGAAUCAACGCUAUCGGGCCACGGCUGGGAUGCAAAAAGCUGCGAUUGGCACCCUACGAAAGGCUUGAUUGUCUCAGGCUCUAAGGACCAUCUCGUCAAGCUCUGGGACCCGAGAACCCAACGUUGCCUAACUACUCUCCAUGGCCAUAAGAAUACCAUUACUAAAACUCUCUUCGAGCGCGUCAUGGGCUGGUGUCUAGCAACGUCGGCACGGGACCAGACGGCAAGGAUUUUCGAUAUACGGAUGAUGAGAGAUAUCUGUCUUCUCAGGGGCCACGAGAAGGACAUCUCAACCCUCGCCUGGCACCCGAUUCACUCCAAUUUUCUUAGUACCGGAGGUAACGAAGGGUCUCUGUUUCAUUAUCUCCUAGACGAGCCAAACACGCCAGCCGGUCAGGUUAUGAGCACGGCCGUAUACGAGAGCCCCGACCCGUUAACAGCACCAGCGCAAUCUAUAUACCCAACGCACAAAGUUUCUUACGCCCAUGAUUUCGCGAUAUGGUCGUUGGAUUGGCACCCCCUCGGCCAUAUUCUAGCAUCGGGUUCGAAUGAUCGGAUUACGAGGUUCUGGUCCCGAGGCCGGCCCGGAGAGACGGAUAUCUUCCAAGAUAGGUACCAUAUCGGCGAGGCGGCCGCCGAAGCACAAGGUACUUGGGAUCGACGCGGUGGUCGUCGCCAGCGUCAAGAAGAGGAAGAGCAAGAGCUCGAAGACGAAAUGGAGGGGCUGGUCGAUCAGAAAAUGCCGCUUAGGCCGCUCGGGGCCGGGCUCCCAGGACUUCCCGGCCUUUCUCUACCGAUCAAUGGUGUUCCGCCGCCGCCGCCACCGCAAAUUCCCGGCGUUUCCGGUGGCACUUCCCAUCCUAUGCCAUUUCCGAUGCCUGGGGCCGCUGGCGCUCCGCCUCCGCCAUUGCCCGGCGGUUUAGAUCCCACUAACCCAGUCGACUUUGCUAAGAUAGCUGAGAUGAUGCAGAAAGCCGGUCUGCCACCCCCGCCUCCUCCUGGCAUGCUCCCGCCGGGUCUCAUACCACCACCGAAUUUCACCAUGCCUCACGGCUUCCCACCCCCACCCGUCCUCCCUCCCGGAAGCGCCGAAAUGCAGGCCGACGGCAGCAACUCGGGCCGGAGAAGGGCGCCUCUUCCUAGCCAAGAAGAGAGUCUGCGGAUGGAGCAGAAGAAGGGCCACUAUACACGAGUACGCUAGGAUGCCUCGGACUUUGUCGCGUUUACGGCAUCCCGACUCUUCGUGGUCGACACCAGACUCUAAUCGGAUUGUACUAGGAAUUCCCAGUGCCACAUGCUGUCUGAAAAGCGGCCGCAGAAACCGAAGUCUCUAGCCUAGCUACUAGCCACCGACGACAUGAAGAGACGGUGCGUGUGCGUGGGAAGGGGGGAGAGAAAGCUGCACCGCGCGCAUAGCUAGGCCCUAUAGGAAUGGAUCUGGCGAGCGGGAAAUCAGGGCGCGUACCCAUCUGAUGGAGGAACGCGCGCGGUACCAGGGCCGGGUACCUCGGGAACCGGGACCUUGCCCGUGCGGCGGGUAGGCGCGGGGGGAAAAUGGUGGAAGAAGGGGGUGGGAAGAAAUACAAAAAGAAUAUGUGCAGAUACGGGGAAGAGGGGCUCCUCGCUAAGAAGGGCAGAUACCCGGGCGUUGAAGGGGUUGCUGAAGGUGUCUCAACGCGUCCGUAAGUACGAGAUGGUUAGGAAGGGGGAAAAGGGGGGGGGCUUCUCCCAGGGACUUUUCCCUUAUCUAUGCUUACAGGUGCUUAACAUCUGGUUCGGCUACGUACUAUUUAAGUCGAGGGCAAGAUAAGGUACCCCGGGUGGAGGAGGGGGCCAU